ACAUGUCGUCAUAGGAGGCCCUGUGUCUUUCCAACUGCAAUGAUAGCGAAUGUGACACGACCCUCAUGUAUCAAACUGCUGUAUGCAGCUUCGAUGCUCUCAGGGCCAAAGGGAAACUCUUCCGCCAUUGCUUCGGAGCAAAUCAAUGGCACCACUCCAUGGCUAGAAGCGCCGUGGUCAGACCCCGCAAGUGACACCUAAAGCCUUUAGAAGUUAUUUAGGGCUAUCUAGGGACUGGUGUGUUUCUGAGGCUAUACUUACCUUAUACCUAAGAUUCAAAAUGUGCGCAGGACCUCGGCAUUGGCAUGUGCCGCCGCAACGUGUUUCAAUGUUGCUUUGCAACCAUCUCGAGCAAGAAAGCGCGAGCUUGGUUUGUACAGUGAUUUGCGAUGACUCCUACCGCUUCUUGCUGCGACACUUCGCUCCAUCGGAACGAAGUCUUGUCUUGGUGGAUCCACCCUGUGAACCAUAUGAUUUGUAUAUGGCCUGGAGCCUACACUUGAUGGCUGCAGCAGAACACUGGCCCAGCUCUACGGUCAUCCUUUGGUAUCCUCUGAUGGAUCCGGAGCAGGUGGCGGGUCUCUAUCAGCAGGCAGCCAGCCUGGGCCUUCCUCUCCUGGUGGCGGAGUUCCAGGUGACCUGCGAGAACGAGACGGCGCUGGAGAAAAGUGGAGUCUUCAUUCUGAACCCAGCAGCUGCAUCCGUCAGACACCUCAAAGACUUGCUGAGCAAACUGGCAUCAAAGCUGGCUGAGGGGCGGAAAGAUGCUGCCUCUGUAGAUGCCACAUCAUUCUGGCUGCAUGAGCGAAAAAUAGUGCCGCCAGGGGAACACGGAGGUGGCGCAGCCUUUUGCUCCCAAAUUGUAGACCUAUGUAUCUCCCCACUCUCCAGCAGUCAGAAUGCGUUGGAUACCCAGGUCACCUUAAAGUAG